AUGGCAACAGACGAAUCACAAGGGAAAAACAAGAUAAACGAUACAAAUUGCAAAAAACAUAAUUUUAGUGGAAAAACAUUUUCAACUAUCAAAAGCGGGGGCGAUAUGAGAGACGCAAAACAAAAUAUCAAACUGGAGUUUAUGGUAAACAUCAAGAUCGCAGAUUAUUUAUGCUGGAGCCAUAAAAUGUUGCCCGGUUUGUUGAUUCAAAUGUUGAGACGUGUGAAAGUUUUCAUUCAAAACAGAUUCGUGAUUUUUCACAGAGAAAAUCAACCAGCUUUGGAUAAAUGGGAACACAAAGGGCGGUGA